UAAGACAGUUAUAAAUGUCAUCGGCACCAAUUCAAUGAAUUCCUCUGUGACAGUCAGUGUCUCGUCAACACCACGAAUGAAUAUGGCAAGUUAAGCAACAUCUGUAAUAUCUGUGUGCUCAUCAAUCGCAACUGAAAAUGCAACAAAUGACUUUGUGCUUAAUUUGAUGACCAAAUCUUCAGCAAGAUCUGAAAUCCUAUCUGCCACAGGCUGAUGUUUGCAAAAGCCUGUGGCUUGUCGGAGCACCCAAGUUCUACACAGCAAGCACAUCUUCAAACUCACCAUCAAAGCACGGCUUUGAACCUGACGCUGUUUUGCUGAAAACCAAGUAAAUAGCUUUCACUGCUGCUUCACCGAUCUCUCUGCUAUGAGUGAAAAGUGAUUGUUGUUUCCUCAAACCUACCAGCAACUCGUUUAUCUUCUCUGUUCUCAGUUGUUCUUUUGUUAUAUUGUAUUGUCUUGUACUAUGAUAAAUCUUAUAGUGCUGCUUAAUAUUAUAUUUUUCUGUUCUGUGAACACACCAAACACACAGGCUUCAUUUACCUCUGAGAAUAAAUAGGAACUGGUCCAUUUUUGUUGAAAUACUCAACACUCGUUCACUUUUCUCCUUUUUGAUGAAGAUGUUUAUAAAAGGUUUCCAUGAACAGCACCAUACACUUGACUUUCAAGCUGCAUGUGUUUCUAUGGCUUCAACGAGCUUGAUACUUUUAAUAGGAUAGUGACACACCCAGAGGACAGAUCAGGAAUAACAUAGUUUUUUUUAUUUAUUUAGUUUUAUUUUAGUUUUUAAUAUUUAAAAAAGAAAUCUGCAACUUUUCAAAGGCAUCAUGCAAACCGGAUUGGAGCAUUCAGAAAAUAAAACUUAGAUAUUUGUUUUAGAUUUAACAAAUCUAAAACAAAAUUUCAGCCAGGACAACCACAGUCAAAAUGAGAUUCAUAUGCAUGCAUAUGUGCAAUUUAUAUGUAAAUGCCUAUAUAUAUUAUAACAUGUUAUGUUACCUAAAUGGACCUAAGUGGAUGUUAUUUCAAAUAGUGAAUAUUUCAUGGCAAUGAGACUUCUGUAUCUUCUGCCUGUAGUGUCUCUGAUGUUUCCAGCUGAUUGACACUAUGGCAACUGCAGCAUCUGAUACUCAUCCUCCCCGGGGACGCAGCAGUAGCUUUGAUUUCAUUCCACCAGAGUUGUCUGAUUUCAGGAUUGUGUUGUUGGGGAAAAGUGAGGACAAGAAGACCAAACUUGGUAACAUCAUUACUGGUUGUGAAAGUUUUCAACACCAAAAACAAUCCCUAAAAAUGCAAUGUGUGGCCUCCUGUGGAAAGUGGAAAGGAAAAUCAUUAAGAGUGGUGAAAACUCCCGACAUGUUCGGUCUGUCUGAGGAGAAAAUAAGACGAAAAGUGAAGAGCUGUGUGAGUCUCUGUCCUCCUGGACCAAACGUUCUGCUGCUGCUAGUGAAACCUUCUAAUUUCACUGAGGAGAACAGAAAAAGUCUGAAGUUCAUCCUGAGUUUGUUUGGUGAAGAUUCCUUUAAACACUUCAUUGCCGUCAUAACCAACAGGGAUGAAAAUAGCGAAUCUGUAAAUGAACUCCUUAGAGAAUGUGGAGGAAGACACUACAACAUGUACAAAGGUAACUGUAGAUCAUUAAUGAAGAAGGUUCAAAAGAUGGUAAAUGAAUCCAGUGAACCUCCCCGGCAGAAACGAGAACCCCCUUUAAACCUGGUUCUGUGUGGGAGGAGAGGAGCAGGGAAGACGUCAGCAGCCAAGGCCAUUUUAGGUCAGACUGAGCUUCAUUCAGCCUCCAACUCAUCAGAGUGUGUUAAACAUCAGGGAGAGGUGUGUGGACGUUGGGUUUCCCUGGUGGAGCUGCCUGCCUUGUAUGGAAAACCUCAGGAGGCAGUGAUGGAGGAAUCAUUCAAGUGUAUCUCCCUCUGUGAUCCUGAGGGUGUCCAUGCCUUCAUCCUGGUCCUACCUGUGGCUCCCCUCACUGAUGAAGACGAGGGAGAGUUAGAGACCAUCCAGGACACAUUCAGCUCUCGAGUCAAUGACUUCACCAUGAUUCUGUUCACUGUGGACUCAGAUUUUACAGAUCCAGCUGUUCUUAGCUUUCUAAAAGAAAACAAGGACAUCCAGGAACUCUGUAAGAGCUGUGGGGGACGGUAUUUUGUUCUCAACAUGAAGGACAAACAGAAGAUCCCAGAAUUGUUGGAGACUGCAGAAAAGAUGAGACUGCGUAAAGAUAAACUAAGCUGCUAUACAAAAGAAACUUUUGGAAAUGCCACAAUAGCUCAAGUUAUAACUGCGCAGAAGGAGAAUAAAGCACUAAAAGCUGAACUUAAAUCCUAUGAGGAUAAACAGAGCAGAGACCCUCUCAGGAUUGUGCUGAUUGGGAAGACUGGCAGUGGAAAGAGCUCUACAGGAAAUGCCAUUCUAGGAGGAAAGGCCUUUGAAGCCAUAGCAAUCCAGAUGUCACUCACCAAACGCUGUCAGAAAGCACAUGCUGAAGUGGACGGUCGUCCUGUUGCUGUGGUCGACACUCCUGGACUGUUUGACUCAACUUUGUCUCAUGAUGAAGUUCAUGAGGAGAUGGUGAAAUGCAUCAGCCUCCUGGCUCCAGGACCACAUGUCUUCCUUUUGGUGAUGCAGAUUGGCAGAUUCACACCAGAAGAGAAGGAGACACUCGAACUGAUCAAGAAAUUCUUUGGAAAAGAUUCUGAGAAGUUCACCAUCUUUCUCUUCACAGGAGGAGAUACACUGGAACAUGAAGAGCAGUCCAUUGAAGAGUACAUUGAAAAGGGGUGUGAUGAUUAUUUUAAGAAGCUGAUCUCGGACUGUGGAGGAAGAUACCAUGUGUUCAAUAACCAUGAUAAAAAAAGCCAAACACAAGUCAAUGAGCUGAUAACAAAGAUUGACACCAUGGUGAAAGAAAAUGGAGGCAGCUGCUUCACCAAUGAGAUGCUGCAAGAGGCUGAAGCAGCGAUACAGGAACAACAGGAGAUGAUCCUGAAAGAGAACGAAGAAGCGAUGAAGAGAGAAAUGCAGGAGCUUGAAAGAAAACAAGAGGAAGAAAUAAAGACAGAAACUAUAAAUGACACAGAACUGACAGAAAAACAACUUCGUGGAAUGAAGGGGAAGAUUAAAAAAGAUGAUCCACAGAGAAAGAAAGAAAAUGAAAUGAGAGAAGAAGAGGAGAGGAAAAAGAAAGAGGAGGAAAAACUUCAACAAAAGAAAUGGGAACAAGAAGGGGAAGCUUUGGAGGAACAAAUCAGGUCACCAACAAACAAGCCGGCAACUGAUCAGAAACUGGAACAGAUUAGAAAAGAAAUGGAAGAAAAACGCAAAUCCUGGGAGAAGGUAAGAAAGGAGUGGUGGGAAAAACGACAUGAAGAAAAUGAACAGAGACGUCAAGAGGAGGAAAGGAGACAUAAAAAGCUUCAAGAAGAGUAUAAACAGGAGAAGAGAAAAUAUAAAACGAGGAAAAAACGAUACAAAAAAGAGAAAAAAGAAUUAGAGGUAAAGUACAAGAGAGAGAUGGAAGACAUUAAGAGGAAAUAUGAAGAGGAAGCGAGAAGAAAAGCUGAAGAAUUCAGUGAAUUCAUAAAGAAAUACAGCGGAGCUGUUCCUUUACAACCAGCAGCUGAAGACUUUCCUAAAACCUGCGCGAUCCUGUAACAAUCCUCUGUAACUGGAAACACACACUGACACGAGGAGACUAAAAAACUGAUGAUGAUUUAUGAAUAGUUAAGUUGGGUCAUUUUAUUGAUGUAGAUGAGCUUAUCAUUAAUUAUUAGGAAACGAUGCAGCUUUUAUUUUUAUUUCCUCUGCUUUUCUCUCUAUAUUACAAAAUAUGUUUUGUUUCUUUUACAUUCAUGAAGCAGAUUUAACCAAAUUAUAUCAUAACUUUUUUUAACAAACCAUAAAGUCGGACGCUUUAUUUUCCCUUCGUGAGUUUAAUUUUUGUUGUUCUGUUGUGUAAAUGUCCAUCACUCUCGUUAAGUGUAUGUGAUCAUGAUUUAAACUUUAUAUUCUGCUGUUUAUCUCACACAGCGCUAGUACAUUCAUUGAUUUGUCAUUUAAACCGAAUGUUAAAUACCUGUACAUGUGAAAAUAUGAUGAUAUUAUUAUUUUCUGCAUCAUUUGUGUUUUUAUUUUUGUAUUAGAUGUAAAAAGACAACCAACAACUUUAAUUACUAUUUUUACAGGAUCUGUGAUAACGUGGUUUUAAAAAAU